AUGACCGCGCGGCACAAGCCCCGCGACAUGUCGGCAGUCGCGCUGAGCAAAACUGAUCAGGACCAGACAUUUCGUGCCAGUCGCGUCUCAGGAUCGCGGUCGAUUGAAGUGGCACUUGCAGAGAUCGAAAUUAUCAAGCACAAUGUUUACGUGCAGCGGAAAGAGCGUUCGCUGCCUGAGGACGAGGUGUCAGUAUGUGCAUGCAACGUGCCUGAGUAUGAGACGGAGAUGGGGUGUCUGGAUGACUGUUUGAAUCGCGCUGCUCUUGUCGAGUGUAUACCUGGAUUCUGCAAGAACGGCGACCGGUGUGAUAACAUGAGGAUUCAGCGUGGUGUCAUGCCUUCGAUGCAACUGAUGGAUUGUGGCAACAACAAAGGACUUGGACUGAAAUUACUGGAAGACGUGAAAGCCGGCUCGUUCGUGAGCGAGUAUAUGGGUGAGAUCGUGACAGAGCAAGAGUAUUACAUGCGACGCGUGCUUUACCAUAACGAGAAGCAUCGGUACAUGAUGGUAUUGAGUGGCGGUGAAGUCAUUGAUGCCACUCGCAUGGGCGGGUGGGCGCGCUUUAUCAACCAUAGCUGCGAUCCGAACUGCGGGGUCGAAAAAUGGGACGUCAACGGCGAAGAACGGUGUGCUAUAUUUGCUCUGCGGGACAUCGUUGCUGGCGAGGAGUUGACGUUCGAUUACAAGUUUGAAUCCUUUAGCAAAGCCGAGAUAACCGAGUGCUUAUGUGGGUCCAUCAAUUGCCGGAAAGUGAUUGGAAGGAACAAUCGAGCGACAAGGACGAACAAUCGGCACAGUAGCAACAAGGCGGAAGCACCUGCUCCAUGGAGCCCGAAGUUGUACGACCCCGUCAUUGGAUUCAAAGCACGAGCAGUUCAAGGUGCAAAGAAGGCAGAAGCUCUGAUGCAGCGAAUGGCGCGGCAGCGGCUACUGAGCAGCAGCGACAUUCGCGUGCUGCGGCGGUCGCACGUGAUGCUCGAGCGUAACUUGACGUGGCACAUGGACACCGAGUUUGAGCAUUUGGCGCUGUUGCCCUACUUUAUCACAAAGCAGUCGUCUGCGAUAAAGCACGCGCCGGAGCUACAGCACGUGCCCGACUUUUUCAACUGGCGCGAGCUGCCCAAUUUUCCCAAGAAACCGCGUCAACGCCCUCAGGACGCCAAAGUCGCCCGGCUCUGUAAAAUCGCCGCGUUAUUGCAAGCUCGCCAGAAACAGCCACAAUAA